AUUGGCCUGCAACAGUACAUUGCACUUCUUCAUAGCUGCGAAGCGGCUUUCGUGCUUCUUAACGCGCGGCUCCAGAUUUGUCUUCUUGGCUGAGUUUGGCGAAUCCUGUUACAGAGGGACAGAUAGAAAGAGCGCUGUUCGCCUAAGCAGGAAGGACACGAACAUAAUCAUAUCAUGUCAGUCCCCCUAAACUACCAACACGCUCAGUACGCCAUGCGGCGCGAAUUGGAGCACAAUCGGGUGCAGGCGGUGGAGGAGCGGAAUCGCUACUACGACCACUGGGGCAAGGUGACGACGCGCUUUGAUUCCUGGACCAACAAGGAGUACUACAACAAUGCUGAGAAGAAGAUCCAGCAGAAGCAGAGUCUGGAGGAGAAGCAGCGUCAGCUCGCCGAGCGACGCAGCAAGCUGCGCUCCAUGCUGGACAGUGAGAACGAUUGCUACGAUUGCGAGAUGGGUCGGAAGGGCAGAUCGCGCCAGACAAACAAUUUGGAGACCUUGACGCGCGUCAAUCAGUCGCUGAAGGAGCGCGAGCAGCUCAAGCGCAAGCUGGAAUUGGAGGCUAAGCUCUAUGGACGCUGGCGUCAUGGCGUGGACGAUGACAAGCUAUUGUAUCAGUCCAAAUCCGAUAAUCAGGUGUUGGCCAAACUCAACUGGCUGGACAAACAGAUUGAGCAGCAGCAACAACGCGAACAGGAAGAAGCUCUGGCCACCGAGCGCCAGUUGCAGCUGCAGCAGGAGAGAAGCCGCACCGAGCUGGCGCAAAAGGAGCGGCAGUUGAUACGCGAGCAGGAGAUUAAGGAGAUACGUGCCUUGCAGGAGAAGCACAUGUCGGAGCUGAAGCGUCGUCAGGAGCAAUCGGACAAGCUCAAGGAGGAGGAGCGCCACCUGCGCGUAUUCCUGGAGGAGCUCAAAAAGGAGCUGCAGCUGAUUGAGCAGAGCACCGCACUCGUCCUGCAGCGUCCCGACUUUGGUCAGGCCUUCAAUCUCAAGAAAAUCAAAGUAUUUGUGCGCAAUCGUUCAGAAACUUAUCGCAAACAAAUAGCCCUCUGCAUUAAUUUGUUGCAGCGCGUCAAAAAUUAUUCCACCAAGCCCGAGGCCGUCCAGCAGCUGAUCGGCAAAUACAAGGCGCAGCAGGACGCCGAAAUCUCGGCCUCGGCUCAAAUCGACACCAUGUACGAGUCGGAGGCCAAAUACAACUUGCAGCGUUGCGAGGAGACCUGGCGUGAACAAAAUUUGCAACGCUAUGGUGAAAUCAAGAAGCUAAUCGAAGCCGAGAACAAUGCAUUAUCUGCUCUGCUCACCGAGAAUAUGACACAACAGCAGGAGAUUAUUGAGCUGCGCAGCACACAUCUGACCGGCAUUGAGAAUUCCAAUAAGCAAUUGGAGCAAUUAACUCAGGAGGCAGCCGCCUCACCACGUGCCACAAGCAGUGGCGAGAGCAUACCACAGACUGCAGUCGAACCGGAAACUGAGCUCCUCAUACAACCCUCGAAUAGUUGCAUCGAACUUGCCAAUGCAGAGCUGCCGCCCAAGCUAACGAAUUCCUUUUCCAAUCUCAAUCUAGAUUGCUGGCAGAAUUUGCCAUCGGUACGUGGCGGCAUCGACGUGGAGUCGACUCGCCUCAACAAGACGCGCUCCAUGAAUGUGGUUAACCCCACCAAUGCCGUGCCACCGAAAUUCGCACGGAAACGCGUCGCCUGGACCUAGAGCUGUUCCAUUUCAUUUAUAUUUGUAUUCACAUUAGUUCGUAAGAGCAAAUUAUUCGAAUGUAUCCAUCUAUCUACUAUCUACUGCACUCCCCUGAAGAAGUCGCCAAUUAAGCCAAAUUGUAUUCAAAGUUAUGAUAUGAGAGAUGCGAGUGUUAGUUAGAGAUAUAUGUACCCAUACUGUUUUGUAUUGUACUUAAUGUAUUUGUGUCCAACAAGAGAAUAAAUUAUAAAUUGCUUUUACACUACA